UUAAAUUGGGAGUUUAUUAGUGAGUAAUGCAAGAACUCCAGCUCGAAUUCGCAUCUCGUCUACGAAAUGCCAGAACCCCAGUUCAAGCCAGGGAAGUUCACAGAGAACUUGAGACCAGUCCUGUACGAGGUGACACAUUCCUUGCGAAUCUAACAGUCCAAAUGUACGGCCGUGUCAGAUGCCUCGAAGAUGCUUGCCAGACAUUCCACGGUAUCGAGCAUCCAAACCUCUUCUCGUGGAAUAUCAUGGCUUCGGCAUAUGCCGUAAAUGGGCAUCCUGAAGAAUCUUUACAGAUCCUCUUGAGCAUGCCAGAGAAGAAUCUUGUGUCCUGGAAUACAAUUCUAGCUGCGCUACUGAAGCUCAAUAAACUCGAUCAAGUGAAGUCUGUCUUUGAUCAAAUGUUUGAGUUGGACACUGUCUCAUGGACUUGCCUUGUUCAGGCAUUUGCCAAACGAGGGGAUUUUGAUGAAGCCAAGCGCGCGUUCGAUUCCAUGCCCGAGAAGAACCUGGUGACGUGGAAUGCCAUGCUGGCGGCUUACGUCUCGCGUGGUCACAUCGACGCCGUGGAUCUGCUGGGGAUGCCGGGUUGGAAUCGCCAGACCUGGACGCUUCUCCUCAAUGGCCGUCUGGACGAGGGGAAUCUGGGCGAAUGCCAGCACCUCUUUCAGUCGAUGCCCGAGCACGACAUCGUUUCAUGCACGGCGAUUCUCCGGGUUUUCGCCCAGCUGGGCGAUCCAGGCCGAGCGAAAUCGCUGUUUGAUUCGAUCCCCCAGACGGAUCUUCUCGCGUGGACGGCUUUGCUUCAGGCAUACGCUCAAAACGGGCAACCCGAGCGCGCCAGUAAGAUCUUCUCGUCGAUGCCCGAGUGGAGCGUCGUGUCAUUCAAUGCGAUGCUCAUAGCGCUUGGGACGAGCGGAAGUCUCGCAAAGGCGGAGGGGUUCUUUGAUCGGAUGCCCGAGAGAGAUCACGCGUCCUGGACAACAAUGAUCCAGACGCUCGCCCGCGCCGGGCAAUUUCGAUCCGCGAGAGAUCUCUUCUAUCGAAUGCCCGAGUGGGAUUCUAGAUCCUGGGACGCGCUUCUCCAGGCGCUCUUCUUGGCGGGAGAUGCCAAACAGGCGAGGGUAGCAUUUGACUCUUUGGGAGCAAAAGAUACCUCGACGUGGAACGCGAUGCUAACCGAAUAUGCCCAGGCCGGGCACCUGGAAGAUGCCAAGCAUCUCUUUGACACGAUGCCAGAGCACAGCACCGUGUCGUGGAAUCUCCUCAUCCUUGCCUGCCACCGGGGCGGCCACGUGGAAAGCGCGCGGAGUCUGUUCCAGAAGCAACCGGACAAAGACGUAGUGACGUGGACGACCAUGGUCGCGAUGAAUGCCGAGCUGGGGGACGCGCAAGAGGCGGCAGCGCUCUUCCGGCAAAUGCCGCAGCGGAAUAUCCUCUCCUGGAACGCACUGCUGGCGGCAUUUGCGUCGCUGGAUUGGCAUCUCGCGAAGAUGCUGUUUGAUGCCAUGCCUGAGGUGGACGUGGUGUCGUGGACAACGCUGGUCCACGCGUUCGUGUUAUCUGGGAAGAUUGUUAAUGCCACGCGGACGUUUGGGAGGAUACCGCCGGGCCAGAAGAACUUGGUGACGUGGAAUGCCAUCGUGGCCGGGCACGCCCGGUUUGGGUCCAGCCGGGAGAGUUUUAAAAUGCGGAUGGAGGGAAUCGAGCCCGACCAGAGCUCUUUCGUGAGUAGCCUCAUUGCGUGCAACCAUUUGGGGCUGCUAGCGGCGGCUAGGGAUAGCUUCGUGUCGAUGCGCGGGGAUUAUGGCUUGGCGCCGCGGAAGGAGCAACUCUGCCUCAUGAUCGAUGCGCUCUCCCGAGCCGGAGAAUCGGAGGAGGCGCGAGAGCUCCUCCAGAUCGUGGUUGGGCAAGGGUUGAGCAAGAAAUUCUAUAGAGGUCCUCUUCUUUCUUGCAGGUGAUAUAAGUCUGACGCAGUACUUUCAUAUUCUUUUGCGAUCUUCUCUAGAUAUCAUAUCACAACGAUUUUUUCAAGCUACAUAUCCUGAGGUAAAGGUUUUCUAUUCUUUUGUAGGUAGAGUCCUAGAUCUAUCACAAGGAUUUUCUCGAGCUACAUAUCCUCCAUUGCGUUUGAGCGUAAACUUUUCUAUUUCUUUGUAGGUGGAAAUCUAACUGUGAGUAACCACUUUCAUAUUCUUUUGCGAUCUUCACUAGAUAUCACAAGGAGUUUCUCGUUGAGGACAUGAGCCAGCAUCACAUCAACGAAGUAAAAAUGGCCAACUCUGUCAAACCAAGGUGCCAGCGCAGGCUUUAUGCCAUAGUGUCCACCAUCGCUACAGCAGAAAUCGUAGUGCCACGGGAAGGUCAUGUCGUAGUCGUCUACAAACAUCAGCUGGUUCUCCAGGCUAUGCAGCUGCUUUUGGAACUCGUUGCUCAGUAUGGAGUUGAAGACUUCUAUCUUCUGGGGAUUGGAGGGGUCACUUCUUUUGAUUGCGGCGAGGGUGAUCGUGUUGCGGAUCACGACACGAGUGCUGCUCUUGUUUUCCAGCAGUGACCUCCAGAAAGCCGAAGCAGUCUGAACUGCUGCGGCAAAGUGAUGAACCUUUUUCCAUGCGUGCCCGUCGUGGAUGCCCGAGUUUAUGAUCACUGCGUCCGGAGCUCGACCACGAAAGAAUUCGUUCUUGACCAGAUCACGAUAUGCCGGAUUGGAUGGAUUGGUGACGUUGGCCACGAAGAUCCGUUCUAUGUAUUCCUGGUUCAGACCAAGAACAAAGUUCAUGAGGUUCCGGAUUGUGUCUUGGUGGUUUGAGUCGCCCCAGAAGAAGAGCUUCUUCCCGUCCAAGCACUUCCAUGCAUCGGCUGCGUUCCAGAUGCGGAACUUACAGUGUGCUGAAUACACCCAUCCGUUGCUCUCCAAGCUCUCAAGGUUGCCAAUGCAUUGGCUGUCAUCGCACUCCUCAUGUUCUCCCAAGCAACGGUAACGUCCUUCCUUGUCGAGCUGACAGGACUCGUUGAAUUUUGUUCUAGUCCAUUUGCCUGACCAUGUUGUUGCUGACAUGAAGUCGUGGCUGGUGCAGGUUGCAAGAUGAGGAUUUCUUUUCCGGCUGGUAGUAAAACGGAUUUGGACGGUUAGCAUCUCUUUCGUCAGGGCCCAUGGAUCCGGCUGAUGCUCCAGUCCACGAAAGUUGGAGUAUAGAAGGAUAACCUUGAAGGUGUAGUUUCCAGCGAAUUCCUCGUCCACUUUCAGCUCGACGAGAUGAUAGAAAAUUCGUGAGGACAAAAACUUUCAGAACAAACUUAACUGGAGAGAUCCGUCUCGUAGAAGUCUCCUCCAAAGCAUCUCCUGUUUCCGCUAGCAGCAUAUGAGACGAUCCAAAUCUUGUGAAGAACAUCAGUGGACAAGAGAAACGCUUGAAGAAGAUGCUUGUAGACUCGUUGAAAGACGAACGCUUGUUUGAGUUGGGGGACGACAUCGAAGUGCUAGCAACAAGAAAGCACCCAGAGAAAUCAAAAUAAUUCCGUUCAUAGUGGAGUUCAUAUGCCUCAAAGGCGAUUCAUUGAAGCAGCUACCAAAGUGACCGGCCGUUAAGCCAAACAUUCUCUCCAACCUUUGUACUGUAAGUUUUGCAUGCGUGCUUUGAAAUUAGCUUGAGCAUU